GGGGGUCGCAUCUAACAGAAGGCCGGCCGACCUGACUCCCGCUUCUCUUCUCUCCUUCUGGUUUUGUCUUUUGCUCCCUCAUCCCAUCCUCCCUCGCUCGCUGACCCACCCCCCCUUCUGUCGUCCGCCCGCCCGCCCGCUGCCAUGUUCUCCAAGCUCUUCCGCGUGUGCAGGGACGACUCCCACAGUUCUUCCUCCGAGAAGCUGAAGCAGCCUUCACACUUGUCUGCUUGGCUUCCAUAUUUGCUCGGCCUUUGCCGCCCAUGUGAAUACGGUGGAUUUUUGCUUAUGAGCUCUUCUUAUGUGAAACUACGGUUGAGGAAGCUGUUUUGGUUCAUCCAUUCUACCCUGCAUGGUUGUCUUCGAGAGAUGUUCUAUGACAGGAAGUCUGCUUUAGUAGAGAUGCAACAGGAAGGCACAUGCUGGAACCUGUUUGAAGCUCUUUUGUUGGUAUCAGCUACAGAUAUUAUCAUCAAAACUCUAAAAAUACUUGAGGAGAAGGAAGUUGUCUUGCAAAAGAAGAUUUCUCAAGAGGUUGACAGAGCAAAGGGAUUCACAAGGGCAAAUAAUAAACAAGCGGCAAUAGAGUGCCUGAAGAGGAAGAAGUAUUAUGAAGGUAAAAUGGAUCAGCUUGGAACUUUCCAAUUGCACAUACGCAAUCAGGAGAAAAAGCUACAACAAGACUGUCAUCCAACAUAAAGGGGCAAUAGCAGAUUACAAGCAAUCUGAAGAUCAUGAUGUUAAAAUCAUAUCAGUGACUUCUCUUGAUUCUGACUCUUUGUAGAUAUAGUAGUACAUAGACUUGUGUUAUCUGACUUAGGUGUUCUGGUGCUAAUUUGUUUUCUUCUCCGGUUUAAAGUUUUUUUGAUGUAACACAUACUCGAUGAAGGCCAACUUAUGCAUUUGGUAUCAAAAUUUUAACUCUCUGAA